ACAGCUUACAAUUUUCAAAAUCUCACUCAAAACGCGCUGAGUUGAAGUCCCGUCCCAACUAAGAAUCCUUGUAGUUUCAUUGAAUUCAAUAAGUGAUCAAAUGGCAGUAACAACGAACUCGAAUGGCAGAACAAGCACUGAGAUUUUGAAUCCAAAGAAAUGGAAUCACACUUCUCCAGAGAGAAACAUCAUUUGGAUUGAACCAAAGCCUAACAAUAAGGCUUUAAAAAGUGUUCCUGUUAUCUAUUAUAUCUCCAGAAAUGGACAACUUGAGCAUCCGCAUUUCAUCGAAGUUCCGCUCUUUUCCUCUGAUGACGGACUGUAUCUUCAAGAUGUGAUAAAUCGGUUGAAUUUUCUAAGAGGAAAAGGCAUGGGUUAUUUGUUCUCCUGGUCCUGCAAGCGGAGCUACAAAAAUGGAUAUGUAUGGCAUGAUUUAUCGGAGAACGAUUUGAUUCAUCCAACGAACGGUCAGGAUUACGUUCUCAAAGGAUCGGAGCUUCUAGAAACUUCAAUCAGUUCCCGAUUUUGUGAGAUUUCAUUACCUGAAUUGCAGAAAUCACCUUCUACGGAUGAAAAUCGUGAUUCUUCCUCUUCGUCGACUACGACGAGGAGGAGGAAUCAGUCGUGGAGUUCGUUCGAAAAUCCUCAACAAGAGUACAGAUUAGUGUACAAGUGUGAAUCAGGCAGAGAAAUCGCCGGAAAAUUCAUGUCGACGGCAGCAGCGGCCGAUGCGGCGACGCAGACGGAGGAGAAGCGGAGGAAGAAUGGGAAUAAGAUUGCGGAGCUGAGCAGAGAAGAUUCGUCUCCGUCUCCACCACCACUGUCGAUGUCUAGCUCCGACGGAAUGGACGGUGGGGAUGGAUCGAAGGGAGUUAGUGUUGGAGAUCAAACGGCUGAGAUUGAGUUUAGUAGUGGUAGAAUGAGUGCUUCUCAAGUUGUGAUGCAGCUUAUCACUUGUGGAUCUUCCACUUCAGCUGAUAAUUCCUCGACGGUAAAAUCAAUGAAGAAGUUGCGGAGUAAGAACUUUCACUAAGGAA